UGGUUGGCGGGUCCCACCCAUCAUUUGAAAAAAAUAACUCAACGCGAGACCACUUCCAAAUAUUUUUGAUUUUGGAAACUCCGGCGGCAAAAUCAGCCGGCUCGUGACUUCCACAGCGAAUGGCCUCCGCCUCCGCCUUCCGCCGCUCCUCUAUCUCCCCCUUCCGCUCCCGGAAACCCCCUCCCCCGCCGCCCGCCCGCCCCGCCACUCCGUCCUCCGCCGCGUCGCUCCUCUCUCGACAGUCAGCUCCGCCGCCUCACGGAAAAGUUAAGGAGAAUGUCACUGUCACCGUGCGAUUCCGGCCUCUCAGUGCUAGGGAGAUUGGUAAAGGUGAUGAAGUGGCUUGGUAUGCUGAUGGAGACUAUACUGUGCGGAAUGAGUUCAAUUCCGACAUUUCGUAUGGAUUUGACAAAGUAUUUGGUCCUGCAACAACUACUCGCCAGGUGUAUGAUGUUGCAGCACAACAUGUUGUAAAUGGUGCCAUGGAAGGAAUAAAUGGCACUGUAUUCGCUUAUGGUGUUACUAGCAGUGGGAAGACACAUACGAUGCAUGGAGAGCAAAAGUCACCAGGAAUCAUACCUCUGGCUGUUAAGGAUGUCUUUGGAAUUAUACAAGAGACGCCUGGGCGAGAGUUUCUUCUCCGAGUUUCAUAUUUGGAAAUAUACAAUGAGGUCAUCAAUGACUUGCUCAAUCCCACUGGACAGAAUCUUAGAAUACGAGAGGACUCUCAGGGCACAUUUGUGGAAGGAAUAAAAGAAGAGGUGGUACUGUCACCUGCCCAUGCUCUUUCUCUAAUAGCAUCUGGUGAAGAGCAUAGACACGUGGGUUCUAAUAACUUCAACUUACUCAGCAGCCGAAGCCACACAAUAUUCACUUUGACUGUUGAAAGCAGUCUACGCGGGGACAUUGAAGGAGAAGAAGUGACUCUAUCGCAAUUGCAUUUAAUUGACUUGGCAGGAUCUGAAAGUUCUAAAACAGAGACGACUGGGUUAAGGAGAAAAGAGGGCUCAUACAUAAAUAAAAGCUUACUUACUCUUGGCACUGUGAUAUCCAAAUUAACGGAUGGAAAAUCCACUCAUGUACCUUAUCGAGAUUCAAAACUUACACGGUUGUUGCAGUCAUCUCUUAGUGGCCAUGGCCGAGUCUCACUUAUCUGCACAGUUACUCCAGCCUCUAGCAAUACCGAAGAAACACAUAACACUCUUAAAUUCGCCCAACGAAGUAAGCAUGUUGAAAUCAAAGCUUCUCAAAAUAAGAUUUUGGAUGAGAAGUCUCUCAUCAAAAAGUAUCAGAGAGAAAUAUCCAGACUAAAGCAAGAGCUUCAGCACUUAAAGAGUGGAAUGACGGAUAAAGAGAAUCAGACAGCGCCAAGCCAAGAAGAUUUAGUUAAUCUGAAACUUCAGUUGGAAGAGGGCAAGAUUAAGUUGCAAUCGAGAUUAGAAGAGGAGGAACAAGCCAAAGCUGCUUUGAUGGGAAGGAUACAGAGGUUAACCAAACUAAUUUUGGUUUCCACAAAAACUACUAUCCAACCAAAUACUGUUGAAAAGACCAGCCACUGGCGAAGGCAUUCAUUUGCGGAAGAUGAGCUAGCAUACUUGCCUGAUAGGAAGCGAGAGAGCAUUAUCGAUGAUGCUGGAAGCAUUGAUUCUGAAAUUUUGAAUGAUGGAAGGAGGGACACUGCGAAUCUUGAUGAUUUAGUCCAGGAUUACAGAAAGAACAGAAGGAGGGGGAUGCUUGAUUGGUUCAAAUUGAAAAAGCCCGAAAAUGUGAUUGGGACAUCGCCAAAUACUGAUUGUGAGAGUUCUGCAAGUGGUUCACCUGCUUCCUCAUCAAAAUCGUCACAAAACAGAGUUAUGUUUAGUGAUCUAAAAGAUGCACAGAGGAGAUCAAUCAGUAGAAAAGUAGAAGAUGCUGCUCAGGCUGGUUCAUUUCCCGAGAGGACUCAAGCAGGCGAUCUGUUCAGUGCAGCUAUAGGUGUGCAACGUCUCCCACCGACUGGGAGCACCAUUACAGACCAAAUGGACCUUUUCCGUGAGCAGAUAAAGAUGUUAGCUGGAGAGGUUGCUUUUUCUACCAGUUCUCUGAAAAGAUUAUCAGAGCAAGCGGCUAAGAAUCCUGGAGAUUCGAAGCUACUGGAAAACAUGCAAAAACUGAAGGAUGAAAUAAGAGAAAAGAAGCGUCAAAUGAGAGUUCUUGAGCAACGUAUGAUUGGGUCAGUGGAGACAUCUCCGUACGGUUCAAACAUUGUUGAGAUGUCUCAGGCUUUGUCUAGGCUUGCCACUCAAUUAAAUGAGAAGACUUUUGAACUUGAGAUCAAAUCGGCAGACAACAGGGUCCUCCAGGAGCAACUGCGAGAGAAGACAUUGGAGGCUACUGAAAUGCAAGAAACCAUCACUCUCUUGAGGCAGCAGCCUGAUUCCUUGAUGUCAAAUAAAAAUUCAAGUGCAGAUAGCAGCACCACUAGGGUGAACAGCUAUGAGGAUUCCUUGUAUACAAAAAAUGGAAGGGGGUAUGAUCUCAAUUCGUGUGACGAAACAUCUUUGGAUGAAAGUACACCAACUAGUGCUGGAAGUUUGAAUAGAUCAAUAUUCAACCAUGGAAAUGCUAAAGAGUGCAUUUGUGGUGCCUUUACAAAGUCUCAGCUUCUUGCACAGGCUGCUGAGAUAGAGUCAUUGAAACAAGACAAGGUCAAACUUGUCAAAGAUAAGGAUGGUCUAGAAAUUCACUGCCAAAAGCAGACUGAGGAAGCUUCGUAUGCGAAAGAGCUUGCAGCUGCUGCAGCAGUUGAGCUCCGAAACUUGGCAGAGGAGGUAACUAAGCUUUCCUACCAAAACGCCAAGCUCACUGCAGAUCUGGCUUCUGCUACAGAUGCCCGUUGUAAAGCAAACUGCUGCCAAAAGUCUGCUCCAGUUGAUAUGAGGCAAAACGGGGCAAGUGGUAGCCAAUCUGAUCCACGCUCGAGAAAGCAGCAGGAUAGAUUAUCAAUGGAGGAGUUUGAGCAGGAGUUGAGUGCAAGAUACCAAAGAGAGGCCUCUUUGGUUGCUGCAUUAUCUGAAAGAGAUAAAAUCGAAGCUGAUCUGCGAAAGAGACUUGAUGAAGCAAAGAGGCAUGAAGAGAAGCUUGAAAAUGAGCUUGCAAACAUGUGGGUUUUGGUUGCAAAUAUUCGUAAGUCCACUGCUGCUUCUGAUGAAACCAGACAAUUGAAUGGAGUUCUUCCAUUUCCUGAUGGCCAGUCUCUAACCAAAUUCCACGAGAACGAGGAAAGUGAAAUCGCUCAAGAUGCAUGCUCGUUUGAUGAGCUGAAAGCGCGCUAUCAAUCUGAAAGAAGGAAGUUCAAACACCUCGAUGGUUUAAAUCUGAGAUCUAAGGGAUCAGAUUAUCUUUCUUAGUAUUUUGGACUUAGGUGCUCCGAUGGACUCAUCUCCGUUGAGGGGGUCGACUCGCUUAUCCAUUCUCAAUGCAAGAAUUCUGGACUUACUAGUUCACCUUUCUCAGAUAACUUUAAAUUCCACAGUGGUGUAGAUGCAGAAAUCUGGUUAGAAUGUGUAAAUAUAUUUACACAUUUAUGUACAGUGACAUACAUUUCUGUAACAUGUGCUAUGUUCUAACAUUGUAACUUGUAAUUCCCAAUCUUCCCAUGUGAAUACUGUCUUAGGACAUAGAAUGGCCAUUUUAAAUAGGAUCUACCCUAUAUUGUACUAUCACCCCUAUGAGUAGUUUAGUCCAAUCAUAAUUUGAUAAAUGUUACUCCCUGUUUAUCAUUUGAUAAAUGUUGCUCC